UGAACAGAAAAAUGCGAUAAUAUCAAAGUGUCAACAGACAUCAGGAGGCCAUUUUAUUGCACCUGUUUGCUCAACUUCAUAGACGAUGGAGGCAAGACUCGUCUUCUUGUUCAGUCUCUUCGCAGUUGCUGCUGAUGCUACCAAUCCUCUUAAAAUAAAACUGUGGUUUGACCGUCCUGGCUUACGACUCGCCAUCUCAAAGAGAGCCAAUAUGAAGUGCUGUUACAUCUGCCAGUUUGAUGUUGAAGUUAAAUGGACACAGACUGUUAUGACUUCCAGCAACACAAGUACGAUUACGCUUGUGAAUCAGUCAAAUGAACGAGUGGAAAUUCGCAAAGAAGUAGAGAAGGAUAAGGAAUGCUCAAAUCUGGUGCUAAAAGACAUUGAGCUGAAUGAUACAGGCCUGUAUCAAUGCCUUCUAACAAAAUCAAACCACACUGUCUAUACACCCGGCACCUAUUUACAAGUAUACGAGCCCAUACAGAUGAUCCUGGACAUCAGUGAGAGGAGUAAGAACAGCCUCAUCACUGCUGAAGGUGUUCUCCUGCUGUUGUUUGUGCUGCUGCCUGGCAUUAUGCUCAUCUUCAAGACAAAGGGCUUGAAUCAGCUGGAGAAAAGAAAGGGCAAAGAGGAAGAAAAUAUUUAUGAGGGUCUAAACCUAGAUGAAUGCAAUUCCACAUAUCAUCAAAUCCAGCGCUCUCUCGUCCAAGGACCAUACCAGGAUGUGAUCAACAAUGACGAAGAUGACAUUCAGCUGGAGAAGCCCUGAAUGGGUGGCUGUGAGGAGUCAGGAUCCAUGCCAUACAAAUACAUAGUGUAGCUCUAUCGCUAAUGUUUGCUUUGUCUGUUGUAGGUAUAAAUUAGGGGUGUAACCAGUUAUGAAUAUGUUAUUCAGAUUGAACAGAUAAUGCAUCCCAGAUGAAUACAGAUACAAAACACAGGUGGAGUAUUCAGGGUUUUUUUUUAAGAAAGCUUGCCAGUUUCAGGGACUGAGAUUGUGAGGUUUUUUACUUUAAUGUCUAGCUUUAUAGAACAACUCACUGAAGGUCAUGGGGAGGGUUGCCAAGUUUCAGCAAAGUUCCCAACCCAACUACAACUCAAAACCCACACAAAUAGACUUGAAAAUUUGGUGGUAACAAGUUAACAGUGGUACACUUUCCUGAUUUGCAGUAUACAGUAUAUCUGCAAUAUGUGGAUAAUAUACGUGGAACCUGGCAACCCUGCUCACAUAACUUAAAAAAAAACAAGCAAGUUUACUAACAUGAUACUAAUGAGAGAUGAACUAUUCCAUUUUAGCUCGACGGCCUUACUGAGUGCCAAAAUAAAACCACAUUUCUACUAUAUUUUUGUACAAACAAAAGAAAUAUACUUUCAUAUAUUCAAUCGCUCCUUCAUAGAGCUCAAUCAGACUGCACGCUGUGCACAGGGUAGCAUAUCUCUGUGGGGCUAUCUGCAAAAAUAAUCAUUUAAUUCAUUUUAAAAACAAUGUAGAACUUUUUCUACGUUCAUUGCAUGUGUUUUUUUCUGUUAUUCUUAAAUGAUUGUUUCUCAUCAUUAUUAAAAGAAAAUCAUACAGGCAUUAUAAUGAAAUGGUGCUUAAAGGACCCCAUUUUGACUCACAGCAGCACUGUGAUUGUGUCCUAUUUUUAGCAUACAUUCUUUCUGGAAUGUAACAAACCCAAAAACCCAAAAGCAAAUAUUAAUAGAAAGAUAGAAAGCUUGCCAGAAAGCUCCACAGGAUAUCUGCUUCAGGAACCGAACUGAAUAAAGUUAAGUUCUGCAAAUGAUUUUUAGUGGAUCUAUAGUAUAGUUGUAGGAAUAACAUAAAAACAGACCACUCCCACUUCCGGUUUAAAUCUUUAUACAAGCAGUUAUGAAUAUUUUGAGCACUAAACAGAUACAGAUAAUGACAUUGUGUUACACCCCUAGUAUAAAUAUGUAAAUAUUAACUGGAAGCAGGAAAUAAAAAAAUCUUUGCUUUCUUAGUUAACCAGAUUUUAUUACCAUUACACAAUAUGUCUUCAUAGCUUUGGUAUAAGGAACAAAAAUCAUAGAUAACACUGUGUUAAAGUUUAGUACUAUAAAACUCAUAAAAAUUUAAAAUGGAAAGUGACUCAUCAUGAUUUUAAUUUGACAGAUGUAUACUAGAUUAUGUCUUUUUUUAGGCUAAAGAUAUUAUAAAAAGACAUGGGAUUAGGUAGAUGUAUGAAUCAGUUGGUUGAAAAUUCCAUGAAGGGAUUUAUAAUUAUAAAUUAUAAUUCUCAUAAAGGAGAAAGUGCAGCAAAGCUUGUGGUUCUGCAGGAGGAAGGCUACUAGCUAUAGUAGAGUAAAUGUAUAUUUAUUCAGCAGUUAGCUCUGGUCCAGCCACGCUGAUAUUCAGUACAACAGCACACAUGCUCGUGCCAUAUUGCUUAAACAGAUAGCUCAAUUGUGUUUGUGUGUAAAGCUUUUAAUAAAGAUUAUUUUACAAAAAAA